AUGGUUACCACGUAUCAUCUUCAAUCAGUAGACAAUGAGUUGUCAGGCCGUCUUGCACUGGUAACAGGAGCCAGUGGUGGGAUUGGCUCGGCUUGUGCGAAAUCCCUGGCUUCUGAAGGCUGCGACGUUAUCCUUCAUUACUCUUCUAGCAAGGACAAAGCAGAGUCGCUAGCCUCCGAACUCCGACAAAGCCAUCUGAAUCAAUUAUUCGUCACCGCUCAAGCCGACUUAACGAACAGAGAAUCCACGCGAGAUUUUGUCACCACCGUGCUGAGUACGCCGGCCAUCGCCGAGAAACACAAGGCGAUAUCCGUGCUGGUUGCAAAUGCCGGCAUUGGCCGUCGCAUUCGCCAUGUCAAGGAUAUCGAGGAACAAGACUGGGAUGACAUUAUGGAAGUCAAUGCCCGGAGCCAGUUUGUCAUUACAAAGGCUGCUGUGGAGGGGAUGCGUGAGCAAGGCUGGGGACGAGUUAUUCUCGUGGGCAGCAUUGCGAGUCGGGGAAGUGGUUUAAACGGAUGUCAUUAUGCAGCCUCGAAGGGUGCUUUAUCUCAACAUUGUCAGUCCAGCUUCGUUUCACCGGCUAUGAUUGGAGCUACAGGCAUGAUUCCCACUCCAAAACAGAGGACCUGGACGUCAAAGGAUGACAUGGAGGCGAUGAAGGAGUCUGAUCCAGGACUUGCAAUUGCCAGCAGUGUGCCGAUACAUAGGCUUGGGAUACCGGAAGAGGUGGCUAAUGUGGUAGUCAUCGAUUCUGCGGGAGUGUCGGGCGUGCCUCCAUGCCGUCGAUGUGUCGAACACCAGCUGGAAUGCGUCUUGACAAAGUCGAGGCGUGGUGGGCGCCGCAUCAAGGGCGUUCGCAAUUCCAUGAUUCAGACGCCCAGCCGCAACAGCGAAGGCCAUGACCCGGCAAACACGACGCACAAUGACGAAGACGACGACGACGACGACGACGACGAUGAUAAUGAAGAUUAUAGCGGCCAACACGCAAGUCAUGCUCGCCCCGACCAGCAUCCAGGCGGCGCGGAUGAUAUGCGAGCAUGGCUUUCGUCGUCGCAGCAGACCGGCAACUGGCCUGACGAGGGGGGUUCCACUCGUGAGAUUGCAGAAUCGAGAACGAGUUCGGACGGAUUGGAAGGCCACAUUGCCAAUACCGAUCUUUUGAACCCCUCAGAUGCCCUCGACCUUCUCGCCCAGGUUGCCGACCUGGAUCCUGAUAGGCAGCGAAAUGCGCUGGCGGGCCAAGCCGGCUCUAAUAGUAGACUUGCAGUGGACGGCAUGCCACAAAUCGUCGGUAGAUCGGCUGCCAGCUACUAUCCUCCGCUGGAUGAUGGCAUAAUAACGCCGUCCGAGGCGUCAUAUCUUGUCAAAAGAUAUCAUGAAAACUUUCAUCCAUUCUUUCCGGUUGCUCAUAGCGCCAUAUUCAAGGGCUCAAUAUCGGAAUGGGCAGCCAAGGAACCCCAUCUCUUGACAGCAAUCCUUACCGUUGCUUCAAAAGACGACCCGGCCUGGUUUAGAGUGUACGACGCGUGCUCUCGCCACAUCGAAACCUUCCUGUCGAAUUUUAUAUAUGCCGGAUCCAAUUCUGUUGGCUCUGUAGAGGCGCUUCUUAUUCUUGCAGAAUGGGCGCCACAACGCCCGCAGGAGAAUUCCUCCAUUGGGUGUGGUCAAGAAGACCACGGUGCUUGGAUGCUUGUAGGCUUGGCUGUAAGGCUAGGAUACCUGCAAAGGCUUGAGCAGUCCGCGCUAUUACCGGAUGAAGGGAAACUUUCAGCGGAAAUGAGUAGGAAACGGGUUGUUUGGGCAGCGUGUUACAUGUGCGACCGACAAGUCUCAAUCCGACUUGGAAAAGGCUUUUGGUCUCGCGGGCCCGGCCCAGCUCUUCAUCUACGGGCUGCAGACUUUCCAACGUUGCAAGAGCAGGCGCUUGGCCCAGACAACAUGGGCCUGUUGUUUCAAGCCCACCUUGAACUUACCCAGCUGAUCAGCAAUGCUCACGACAUUUUGUAUUCGUCAACGAGUCACCGGCAGCAGCUGUACAUUGGCGGGGAAUACGUCAGAUACAUUGAUGAUUUUGCUUCCAUGGUGCGGAAAUGGAAGCUUUCAUGGGCGAACCAUAGCUUCACGCCUCCCGUGAAAGCCUCAUUGGUGCUGUCUUUUGAGUUCCUAAGACUCUACAUCAACGCCUUCGCCUUUCAAGCCAACUUGAACCGGGCCGCAGCCCGCAAUGCGCAAGCAGGCCCUGGUAAAGCUAGUGGGCCACUGUUUUCCAAUGUUGCUGGGAAGCCAGACGCCCGAUUCAUAUAUGAGUCCAUCGAUGCUGCAAACUCGCUUCUCAGCAUCUUGAACAGCUUCAUCGACCCUGUGGCCGGCCUAAAAUGCAUGCCGCUCAAAUACUGUCUCUACGUGAUCUAUGCCGCCGUCUUUUUAUUCAAGGCAAGAAUGGCGGGUGCCAUUAGCAGCGAGGGUAGCGAUCGCGGAGUCCGUCGUGCAAUCCAUGGUACUAUUACACAGCUACAGAAAACGUCGGACAACCCACAAAGUCUUGGAAGGCGAUAUGCAACGUCGCUCCGCCUUCUUUGGAGGAAAUCCAGCACAAAGCAGCCAAACAAAUCUGCUGCUGCUCGCCGCGAUCCCUUGACUGAACCGCCAACGCCGACAAUGGACGACAUCCGAGCGCAAGAAGGCAUUCCCCUGCUGCCUACUGGCAAAGCGGCCAUGGACAUGGAUCCAUUGAGCGGGUUUUCGUGGAGAGAUCUGGAUUCACUUGGGCAGUUUAUUGCGGGUAAUUCAACAAUAUCCAUGACAGACGGGAUGCUUGCUGGGGGGGAAUUUGAUUGGGAACAUAGCUCCGGUGGACUGGACGAUCUUGUAGUGCAGCCGCAGUUUGACACGAGGUGGGCCGGGCAUGAUAUAAUUUUUUGA